AUGUCAACUAGAUAUAUUGACGAGAAUGGAGAUGAAUAUGAAGAGGAAUUUGAAUAUGAAGAGGUAGAAGUUGAGGUUGAUGAAGAUGGUAAUGAAUAUAUUAUAGAGAGUACACCAAUAAAGUCUGGUGCAUUCAUACCAAACGGUACAAAUUUUUUAGAUAAUGGUAGUACUGCAAAACCAAUAAUAUUCGAUAUAGGUUAUAAUCCACCAACUUCACAUCAAAAUGAUAAUGGGCAAGAAUAUGAUGAAGAUGAAAAUGAAAAUAAUAAUAAUACAAAUACAAAUACAAAUAAUAAUACAAAUGCAAAUAAUAAUACAAAUACAAAUACAAAUUUAAAAAAACAAUAUCAACAACAACAAGAACAACAACAACAACAACAACAAAAUGGAUUUACAUCACCAAAUAGAACUAUUAGAAAUAUUGAAUAUGAAGAUAGUGAAAAUAAUGCACCGGCAACAACAGGUGAUGAAGAUGAAGAUGAAGAGAUUGAAUAUGAAGAGGAUGAAGAAGGUAAAGUUGAUGAUGAAAUUGAACCAAUUUUAAAAUACAAUAGAUUAGGACAUGGUAUUACAGAGAUUUUAAAAAAAGAUAGUGCAAGUUGUAUGGCAAUUCAUCCAAAAUUCUUAGUAUUAGGUACACAUUGGGGUUCUGUUACCAUUCACGAUUUUGAUGGUAAUGAAAUUAAAAGAUAUGAUACUCAAAAUUCAACAAUCACUGAGAUUGUUAUUGACCCAAAAGGUGAUUAUAUUGCUUCUUGUUCACAAGAUGGUAAAGUUGUAAUUAAUCCAUUUGAUAAAAGUGGUGAACAAUUUAUAUAUAAUUAUACAAGACCAAUAACAGCUAUAGCAUUAGAUCCAGAAUUUACAAAUAAGAAUACAAGACAAUUUGUAAGUGGUGGUAAACAAGGUCAAUUAGUGAUGAAUUCAAAAGGUUGGUUUAGAUCAAAGGAAACUAUAAUUCAUUCAGGAGAGGGACCAAUUUAUGCAAUUAAAUGGAGUGGUAUUUUCAUUGCAUGGGCUAAUGAUCAAGGUGUAAAGAUUUAUGAUUGUUCAACUAAUACUCGUAUUGCACAUAUACCUAGAAAGGAAGGAUCACCAAGAGGUGAAUUGUAUAGAUGUUGUUUAUGUUGGGAGAAACCUAACCAAUUGAUCAUUGGUUGGGCAAAGAGUGUGGAGGUCAUUCAAAUCACUGAAAAGGUUGAUAUGACAACGGGCCAUACUGUGAAGAUCGCUCAGAUUAUGAAUCAGUUCAAUACAAAAUAUUGGAUUGGUGGUAUCGCACCAUUCGCUGAGGAAUUGGUCAUACUUGGUUACAAUGACGCCACAACGAUCGAGGCCCAAGAUGACCUCUCGUCAGUUUCAGCAACACCAAAAAUGUUGACAAAUAGUGGUUCAACCAAUCCAAAUACCAGUCCGAAUAUUACGGGUGCCUGGAAUCAAGGUAGAGUGGAUGGUGCUUCAAAACCAUCGAUUCAUAUUGUAUCAAGGAAGACCAAUUCCUCCAUUACCACUGAUAAUCUAUCGGUUAAUGGCUAUCAACAUUAUAAAGCAACCGAUUAUAGAUUGGAUUAUAAUACCGAUGAAUCGAUAUUCUACAUUGUUUGUCCAAAGGAUGUGGUUGCGGCUAAACCAAGAAAUUUAGAUGACCAUUUAACUUGGUUAAUGGAGAAGUUAAAGUAUGAUGAGGCAUUGGACGCAGUUGAGCGUGAUAUUAAGACCAUUAAAUCACUACCACCAACAAAGAUUAGGGAAGUGGGUGAAAGAUAUAUCGAUUACCUUUUGGAGAAGAAGGAUAUUAGAAAAGCGGCUUCGUUAUGUCCAAAGAUUUGCCAACGUGAUCCUUUACUAUGGGAGAAAUGGGUCUAUAGAUUCUUGAAUUUGGGUGGACUUCAACCACUUUGUCAAUAUAUUCCAAUUGGUAAUCCAUCAUUAAGUUGUGCAAUCUAUGAGAUGUUUUUAAACCAUUUCCUUCAGAACGACCCAGACUCAUUCUUAAAGACCGUAACAGAAUGGUCGUCAUCAUUGUAUAACAUUCAAGCCAUUAUCACUGCAGUCGAGGAUAAGCUUUCAAGACAGCCCAACGAAACCAUUAUGAUUGCAUUGGCACAACUCUACACCUACGAUAACAAUAUGGAGAAAACUUUGGAUAUCUACUUAAAGUUGAAACGUGGUAAUGUCUUUGAAUUGAUUUCACGUUAUCCUGACCUUUUAUUCAACUCCAUUCAAAACAAGAUCAUUCUAUUCAUAGAUUACAAUCAAAACGAAGCCAUUAAACUAUUGGUGGCAAAUACCGAUAGAAUUCCAAUACCCGUUGUGGUUAGUCAGCUAAAAGAUCGUAGAGAGUAUUUACAUCGUUAUCUUCAUACAUUGUUUUUAAAGGAUGCCCAUAUCGCUUCGGAUUUCCAUGAAAUUCAAAUUCAAUUGUACGCUCAAUAUGAACCUGAACUCUUGUUGACUUUCCUCAAAAAUAGUGGUCACUAUUCAUUGGAGAAAGCUUUGGAAGAAUGUUCAAAAAAACAACUCUACGAAGAGAUGGUCUAUUUGUUGGGUCGUAUUGGUAAUGCCAAAGAGGCACUCAAUUUAAUUUUGGAUAAACUUCACAAGAUUAAAGAUGCCGUCGAGUUUGUUGAACAACAAAAGGAUGAAGAACUUUGGGAAUAUCUCAUCAACAAAUCAAUGAAUAACUCACUCUACAUUAGUGAACUACUCGAAAAUAUAGGUUCAAACGUUGAUCCAAUCAAAUUGAUUCGAUUGAUUCCAGAGAAAAUGGAAAUUGAAGAUUUACGUGAUCGUCUAGUUAAGAUUCUCUCUGAUUAUAAUCUUCAAAUGUCACUUCGUGAAGGUUGUAGAGAAAUUCUAAAGAGUGAUUGUGUAAAUUUGGAAGAGGCAUUAGUUGACUCUCUAAGAAUGGGUAGAGUGGUUGAAGAUCUUACUAAAUGUGCCACUUGUUGUCAACCAAUCAUUUUACCACGUCCUGAUAGUUCAAUAGUUUUAUAUUUUUGUAAUCAUACUUAUCAUAGUAGAUGUUUGAAAUCUAAUGAUUCAACAACUACAACCAAUCCAAAUCAACCCCAACAACAAUUAACUCAACAACAAAAACAACAAUUACAACAACAACAACAACAACAACAACUACAACAACAACAGCAACAAAAACAACAACAACAAGGAUUAGAAGUUUCAUUUAGUAAUUGUCCAAUUUGUGUUCAAUCUUCACAAACUAAAAUUUCAAAAUUCAAUUCCAGAAAGAUUGGUCAAUAA